AUGGGAAUUUAAUUAAAACAAUUUAAUUUCUCCAUUAACAGAUUACGAGAGAAUUUAUAAAGAGAACAUAGUAUGUUACAAGUUUUUAUUUAAUAGAAAGACAAAAAGAAAAAUAAUUAGAUUAUUGA